GCCGAUGCCCCUGCUAUUCUUGGAGCUCAUUUGUCCGAAGAAGCCUCACGGGGAGUUGUCCAACCCAACAAUCAACAAUUCGCUGUUCAUCGCACACCUGCUACCGUACUAGUAGGAGGAGUAGUCUAGUACCCUUGCUCUGUUCUGAGGAAGUACAUGUACCAUACUAGUAGUAACACAUCUAUCUGUUGCAAAUCUUUGCUUCACAGGCACACUGACACAGCAUAACUCUAGUGGAAAGAUGACGAAUAGAGGGGUGGUACAUGAAUUGUCUGCCGUCUGGUGGUUGGGUAUCCUGGGGGUAGCAUGGGGAUUUGAUCUUUCAUUUGAUUUUGUGUAUCCGCAGUCUGUCUCCUUCCGAGCCGCCGUCAUGACCAACACCUUGAUUCAAGCCAAGCCUCUGGCCCACUUUGACGAGAACUACACUAGUACUAGCAAGGAGCCAUUUGCUCAGUUUCGAGGGUUUCAACCGGACUUGCUAAGGGCUCUAAUACCCAUUGCCAGGGAGCUCGACAAUGUGUCAUUGACUUUUGAUCUUGAAGAGGCCCCUCUCUUCACUUACGGACUCCAGUUCAACUACAUGGCCAACGAUUGCAAUUUCACGGAAGAUAAUCCUAUUCCACUCGAAGACUGCAACCGUUUGGACUUUGUUGUCGGAGAUUUCUAUGCCUUUCCCAAACGAUCCAUUAAGGCUCCUCUCACACCCACCCUGCUCACAAGCGCAGCCGCGCCUCUCCAGUACGUCCAUCGACAAAAGCGACAAAUAUCAACCUUGGCCGAAGCUCAAGCGCUGGGAGAACCUGUUUGUCUCUUGGAUAAUUCAUGGCACGACGAAACCACCUUGUCCUUGUACCCAGAGUUGACCGACCUCCGAUGCUUUUCCCAUGAAGAAUGCGUCCAAUUUCUAAAGACUGAAAAAUGUGCUCUCUUUGUUGACGACGAUCUCCAAUUAAAGUACAUGGUAGUGCAAGAUCCGGAACUUCGAAUGGCAAACGAUCGAUUCAGUACGGUCGACAUUGUCUGGCCCAUCUCGGCGCGGUUGUCUCCCCUCAAGCAACAACUGUUGAUUCGGUGGAUCUUGCAGGCCAAGCUUUUGGGAAUUGUGGACAAGCUCCAUGACAAGUACUUCAGUGUCGAGCUCUGCACCAUUGGCAAGGCCGGUAUAAAUUGCGACAAACCCUGUAGUCCCACCAAUGGAUUAGUGGAUCGGUCGGGAGUGUGCGUCUGUGAGUCUACAAAAUGGACCGGCGACGAUUGCAAUACGUUGGUUCUGGAAGACAAGAAUCUGAUCCCGCAAAGUAUGAAGGCAGUGGCUUAUCUAAUGGUUGCCAUCAACUAUGCAGCCGUUGCUGUCUGCGCCUCGUGGUUGUACUGGUCCCGCAAGACGGCACAAGUGAUGGUCGCCCAGCCAAUGUUUCUGAUCUUGAUUUGCGUGGGUUGUUGCAUCUCUACUUCAACCAUUUUGGCUCUGGCGCAAGAAGAUGAAGACAAUGGAUCUGUCGCUGCCUGCAGAAUGAUUCCGUGGCUGUAUUCGGUGGGCUUCUCCAUCACAUUCGGCACUCUAUUCGCAAAGAUUCGGAGAGUAUGGGUCCUAUUUGUGGCGGCCGCCAACAUGGAAAGGACAACUGUUACUGCAAGAGAGACGUUGUCUAUUGUGGGCCUUGUGUUGCUAAUUGACGUGCUCAUUCUGGUUGUAUGGACAGUUCUUGACCCUCUGGAGUGGCAUAGAACCGCUGUGAGAACAGACAAAUAUGGCUAUGUUCUGGAGAGCGAAGGAUACUGCUCGAGUGAGCACUGGGGGAACUUUGGUUUGGCUAUCGGUUCACUGCAUUUCGGCUUGAUGGCACUGGCAUGUUGGAUGUGUUUUGUUUCACGCAAACUGCCCACCCAAUUCAGUGAGGGCAAGUACGUUGGGAUUGCCAUGGUCAGUAAUCUUCAAAUCAUGGCCAUUGGCGUCCCCAUCCUGGCCAUCGUUGGCAGCGAUUCCCAGACGAGCUUUUUUGUUGCGAGUGCGAUCAUUUUCUUCAAUGAUUUGGCUGUGAUUGUUCUGAUCUUUGGCAACUUGAUGUGGUCUGUUCGCGUAGAGCGACUGAAAAGGGAAUCCCGACCUUCCAGGGCUGCGUCGCUCAUCCAAUCCGCCAUGCAUUCCUUUGCUCGUCGGACGCGAGAGGAAGAAAUAUUGGGGCACUCUGGACACUCGUCAGUGUACUCCUCCGCUGGGAAGAAGCGUUUCAGUAACCUCAGUGGCGUAGGAUCUGUGGCUACGUCUUCCGUGUCCAGUCUUGGUGCUUCCCUAUCCAGUUUUGUCGGAAGGGGCUUCAGUGGUGCUAAGCGCUCUAGCGCUGGUACGAUCGACUUUAACAGUUCCGGUCGCGUUGUCCCACGAAUGCCAUCCGUCGACGAAGAUGACAUCUCUGAAGACGACAAUGAAAGCCGCAAAUCAGAGUUCAACGUCGGACUGUCAGAUGACGACGAAUUUGCUUUCGACGCAGGGGAAGAGAAGUGUGACCUGACACCAGUGGGUGAAAGUGAGGAAGAUAAUGAUGCGGUCGCUUCGAGUCCGGAUCACAAGAAGUUUGAAAAUGUAAGGGAGAACAGAGACGUCAGUUUCGAGCUCCCAGAAACGGUGGAAACCCAGGGAGACAGGGAUGGUUCUGGGGCCGACAACUCAACCAUCGUCUCAACGAAUGGCUCUAGUGUGGUGGGCGAGCCACUGACCAACCGAUCAGGUCAUGGCGAACCACUGACCAGCAGAUCAGGUCACGACGAACUAUUGCCUACAGAUCACCUCACGGCGAACCAUUGACUAACCGAUCAGCUCAUGGCGAACCAUCAGCUGAUGCCAAACGAGGACAAGUGGCAGUAGCCCUGCAGUAUCUUGGUUCUGGAUAACGGGAAGAUGCAGGUGAAAUCGGAAAGGAAAGCCUGCCCAGUCGAGACGCAAAUGACCCUCUGCUUCCAUAGUGCGAGUGCUCUUGACUGACUUUUGAAACAUAUAAAUGAACAUGCUCUAGCUAGACAAACAUGUAUACCGGUAACGUACAUCUUCUGUUCUGAAAU